AUGUUUUGUACGGAGAGUGUUAACGAUUCUGUUGCAAAAAAUUCAGAAAAACAAUUUACGAGAGAGCAUAUUACAUUUGUUAAAUUUUACGCAAAUUGGUGUGAACAUUCGAAAAAAUUUUUACCAGUAUGGGAAUUGUAUGCCGAAAGACAGAAGGAAAAUAAUGUAGACGUUAAAGUAGCAAAAGUUGAUUGUAAUAAAGAACCUUUACUCUGUUCCGAACAUGAUAUCUAUGGUUAUCCAACUUUAAAAUUAUUUAUACGAGGUGCUGGUGCGCGCUAUCUUGGUUCACGUGUAGUAGAAAAUUUGGAAAAAUUUUAUGAUGAAAAAAUAGCUGAAAAUAAUGGGAUUAUAAAAUCUGAAGAACUUUUGGCUAAUAGACAAACAUUGGUUGAUUUAAAAUCAGCUACGUUCGAAAAUGCUAUCGGUCAUGGUUCUUAUUUUAUUAAAUUUUUUGCACCAUGGUGUGUUCAUUGUCGAGAAUUAUUGCCAGUAUGGCAACAAUUAGCUAGUGAAUUCGUUGAUAAUCUACAUUUAACAAUUGCAAAAGUUGAUUGUACUGUUGAACAAUUUAUAUGUAAAAAAUAUCGAAUUACUCAAUUUCCAACAUUAAUAUGGUUUCAAAAUGGUGUUGAGAAAGAUCGCUAUACAGAUAGUCGAGAUAUAAAUCGAUUAAGAGACUAUGUUCAAAUAAUGCUUAACUCACAAUUACCAACAAGUACAGAAGAAACAACAACAUUAUCUCCAAGCGAAGAUGAUGAAGAUGAAAAAGAAACUAUUAUCAUGAAAGAUGUCAAAGAUGAAUCAACAGAAAAUGUAGAGGAUAAUGAAGAUAAAGUUCAUAUAUUAAAUGCUCAAACAUUUACACAAGGUGUUAGUUUUGAAGGUUAUGCAUUUGUUAAUUACUUUGCUCCAUGGUGUUCACAUUGUAUAAAACUGGCUCCCGUUUGGUCUCAAUUAGCGAAAAAAUUUUCAAAACAUCCUGAAAUUCGAAUCUCAAAAGUAGACUGUACAGCAAAUGAAUUAUUAUGUCGUGAUCAUGGAAUACGUGCAUUUCCAACAUUACUUUUUUAUCGUUUUGGUGAACUUAUUGUUGAAUAUAAUUCAUUUAAAGAUUUAGAUUCAUUAUAUGAUUUUGUUGUGAAACAAGUUGAAUCAAAUAAUGAUGAACAUUUUCUCAACGAAGACAAUGAUGACAUAGGCAAUUAG